AUGUUCUUCCUGUAUUCUGGGUCAAAAAUUUUGGGAGCACAGGCUAUUACUAAGAACAUACGUAAAUUCUUGGGUACUGCAGUUGAGCCUAUUUUGAAGCCAGAAAUAAAGCGAAACUCGAUUUUCAUCAACAAUGAGUGGGUAGAGUCAUCUAGUGGAAAAACCUUCAACACUAUAAAUCCAGCAACUGGUAAAGUAAUAUGUCAAGUUUCGGAAGGUGAUAAGGUUGACAUAGAUAAAGCAGUUAAAGCAGCUCGUAAAGCCUUCGAAUUUGGUUCCGAGUGGCGUACCAUGGAUGCAUCACAUCGUGGUGUAUUACUUCACAAACUGGCUGAUCUUAUUGAACGUGACAGAGUUUAUUUGGCUUCUUUGGAAACACUGGAUAAUGGGAAACCAUUUGCUGAUUCAUAUAAUAUUGAUCUAGAUUUAGUGAUCAAAUGCUACAGGUAUUAUGCUGGCUGGGCAGAUAAAUAUCAUGGGAAAACUAUACCUGUCAAUGGAAACUAUAUGUGUUUCACUCUUCAUGAACCAGUUGGUGUUUGUGGACAAAUUAUACCGUGGAAUUUUCCACUUCUUAUGCAGGCAUGGAAGCUCGGUCCAGCAUUAGCAAUGGGAAAUACAGUGGUAAUGAAGACAGCAGAACAAACCCCGUUGUCUGCAAAUUGGGUAGCUGAAUUAAUCAAAGAAGCCGGAUUCCCACCUGGUGUAGUGAACAUUGUUCCAGGAUUUGGUGAAACUGCUGGUAACGCCCUAGUCGUUCAUCCUGAUGUUGAUAAAAUUGCGUUUACUGGUUCAACAGCUGUAGGACAAUUGAUUGGUCAGAAUGCUUAUAAACAUGGUGUGAAACGAAUUACUUUAGAACUUGGCGGAAAGAGUCCAUUAAUUAUUUUCAGUGAUGGUGAUUUUGAUCGAGCCAUAGCUACGUCACAUUUUGGUUUAUUUUUCAAUCAAGGCCAAUGUUGUUGUGCAAGUUCACGUAUAUUUGUCGAAGAAUCAGUUUAUGAUAAAUUUGUUGAAUAUAGUAGUGAAGAGGCUAAAAAGCGUGUAGUUGGUAAUCCUUUUGAUUUAAACACAACACAAGGUCCACAAGUUGAUGAACACCAGUAUCAAACAGUUAUGUCAUACAUUGAAUCUGGUAUAAAGGAAGGUGCCAAAUUAUGUGCCGGUGGCAAACGGUUUGAAUCAGAUGGUUAUUUCAUUCGUCCUACAGUUUUUGCUGAUGUUCAAGAUGAAAUGCGCAUUGCUCGUGAGGAAAUAUUUGGACCUGUAAUGCAAAUUAUGAAAUUUAGAUCAUUAGAUGAAUUGAUACAUAGAGCAAAUCAUACACAAUAUGGUCUUGCAGCUGGUAUAUUCACUAAUAAUUUAGAAAAAGCUAUGCAUGUUAUGCAACAUUUACAAGCUGGCACUGUUUGGAUCAAUUGUUAUGAUGUUUUCGAUGCUGCCGCACCUUUUGGAGGUUAUAAGUUUUCUGGAGUUGGUCGAGAACUAGGUGAAUAUGGUUUACGAAAUUAUACAGAAGUCAAGACUGUAACUACGCGGAUACUUCAAAAGAAUUCAUAA